GGGAACUUUGUCCCCUGGGAGCUGCUAAGCUGAGCUCCGCCACUGCGCCCGAAGCCUCUCAGUGAGCGUCGGUUAUCUGCGAGGAGGAAGUCUUCUUUUCCUCCAUGUCUGCUGUCAAGUGUCGCCGACACUCUCCGGCUCACUGAGGCGGGGACGUUGUUCUCUUCGGCGUGUUUCCGGCGCAUGUGGGAGCAGCGUCGAGGCGGCUUCUCGGCGGUGUCCGAUGGAGGACGACACGAUGGAAGCGUGGCUGGACGACCACCUCCACUUCGCGCGCUCCUAUUUUGUCAGGAAGGCGUCGAGGGAGAUGGUGAACGCAUGGUUUGCAGAACGCGUCCACACUAUCAAGCCUACUGCCUCCAAAGACAACCCCCCCAUCUCGGACAACCUGGCCAUGGCGGCAGCCAGCCCGCUCCCCGCCACCCCGCCUCGCAAAAUCUCCGCCUCGGAGUUCGACCGCCCGCUGCCGCCCAUCCUGGUUAAAGACUCCGAGGGCUCGGUGACGUUCCUGAGUGACGCCGACCGCCAGGGUCCUCCCCGACGGCACGGUGGCGGGGCGGCGGAUGGCGAGGAAGGGAGCGCCGGCCGGGCAGGGUGCGACCCUUGCGCCCGACUGCUGGAGCUGGUGAAGGACGUUUCCAGCCAUCUGGACGUGACAGCACUCUGCCACAAGAUCUUCCUACACAUCAACCAGCUCAUCGCCGCUGAUCGCUACUCGCUAUUUCUGGUGGGCGAAGACAGCUCCAACACAAAGUUCUUAGUCAGCCGCCUGUUCGACGUGGCCGAGGGUUCCACGCUAGAAGAAUCUUCCAGCAGCUGUAUCCGACUGGAUUGGAACAAAGGUAUAGUGGGACACGUAGCGGCCACGGGACAACCACUCAACAUCAAGAAUGCUUAUCAGGACCCUCGGUUUAACGCAGAGGUGGACAUGAUCACGGGUUACAAGACUCAAAGUAUUCUUUGUAUGCCCAUAAAGAACCAUAAAGACCAGGUUGUUGGAGUGGCUCAAGCUAUCAAUAAGAAACAUGGAGAGGAUGGAGCCUUCAGCAAGCAGGAUGAAAAGGACUUCUCAGCUUACUUGGCCUUUUCGGGCAUUGUGCUACACAACGCGCAACUCUACGAAACAUCACAACUAGAAAACAGACGCAAUCAGGUUCUGUUGGAGUUGGCCAGUCUUCUGUUCGAGGAGCAACAGAGUGUGGAGGUUCUCCUCAGGAAGUUUGCAGGAACCAUCCUGUCCUUCAUCAUGGCUCAAGCCUGUACUGUCUUCAUUGCUGACAAUGACUCCGCUCAGAACCCUUUUUCCAGCGUCUUUCACAUGGACUACGAGGAGCUAGGUCAAGUUCUUAAUGCUCCCAAAAGAGAGUGCGUGAACCAGACCAACUACAUGUACGCUCAGUACGUGAAAAACACCAUGCAGCCUCUCAACAUCCCCGACGUGGCCAAAGACCAACGCUUCCCCCCGACGGACGAACAUCAGUCAGGCCAACCCACCAAAAGUUUGCUAUGCACACCGAUCAAAAACGGCAAAAAAAACAAGGUCAUAGGUGUCUGCCAAAUGGUCAACAAGACGGACGAAGCGUCAGGCGGCGUCAAGACCUUUAACAGGAACGACGAACAGUUCAUGGAGGCCUUCGCCGUCUUCUGUGGUCUCGCCAUUCAGAACACACAGAUGUACGAGACGGUGGAGAGAGCCAUGGCUCAGCAGCAGGUCACCUUGGAGGUUCUUUCGUAUCAUGCUUCUGCUGCUUUGGAAGAGUCCCAGAAACUCCAGGCAGCCACGAUCCCAUCGGCGCAGUCCUUGCGACUUCUGGACUUCAGCUUCAGUGACUUCGAACUGUCGGACGCCGAAACCACUUUAGGGACGGUCCGCAUGUUCGUGGACCUCAACCUGGUCCAGACCUUCCAGAUGAAGCAGGCGAGUUUGUGCCAGUGGAUUCUGAGCGUGAAGAAGAACUACAGGAAGAACAUAGCCUACCACAACUGGAGGCACGCCUUCAACACUGCACAGUGCAUGUUUGCGGUCCUCAGAUCAGGCCGCUUGCAGAACGAUCUGAGAGAUUUAGAAGUCUUGGCGCUGAUGAUUGCCACUCUGUGCCACGACCUGGACCACAGAGGAGUGAACAACUCGUACAUCCAAAGGAGUGACCAUCCACUUGCUCAUCUUUACUGCCACUCCACCAUGGAACAUCACCACUUUGACCAGUGCCUCAUGAUCCUCAACAGCCCAGGUAACCAGAUCCUCAGUAGUCUGUCCGUGGAGGAGUACAAAACUACUCUGAAGAUGAUCGAGAUGGCCAUUCUCUCCACCGACCUCGCCCUGUACUUCAAGAGGCGCCAGGAGUUCUUCGAGUUGACGAAGAGCCGACAGUUUGCGUGGGAGGAUGAACGUCACAGAGAUUUAUUGAGGUCGAUGCUGAUGACGGCCUGUGACAUCUCGGCCAUUACCAAGCCGUGGCCCGUACAGAAAAAGAUCGCGGAGCUUGUGGCGACCGAGUUCUUUGAACAAGGCGAUAAAGAGAGACAAGAGCUGAACAUUGAGCCCAUUGACCAAAUGAAUCGGGAAAAACGAGACAAGAUUCCCAGCAUGCAAGUUUCCUUCAUUGAUGCCAUCUGCAUUCAGUUAUAUGAGACAUUGACCGUGCUGUCGGAGUAUUGUUCUCCUUUGUUGGAGGGUUGCCAGAUGAACCGCCAGCACUGGAAGAGUUUGGCUGAAGAGUGCGAUCAAGAUGACCACAACACUGUGGUUUGAUCUUUGACAACGUGCGGCUCUUUUGGGAUUCUUUUUAGUGUAUAUGUAUACGGACGUACAUACGUAUACACACACAUACACUACAGGCCAAAAGUUUGGACACCCUUUCUCCUCAUUCAAUGUGAUUUCUUUAUUUUCAUACUGUUUACAUUGUAGAUUGUCCAGUUAUGUACUUAAAGGCCUACUGAAACCCACUACUACCCCACCAUGCAGUCUGAUAGUUUAUAUAUCAAUGAUGAAAUAUUAACAUUGCAACACAUGCCAAUACGGCCGGUUUAGUUUACUAAAUUACAAUUUUAAAUUUCCUGCGGAGUUUCUUGUUGAAAACGUCGCGGAAUGAUGACACGUGCGCGUGACGUCUCGAGUUGGAGAAGACAUAUUAGCGCAGCACCACUAGCAGCUAAAAGUCGUCUCUUUUCAUCGCGCAAUUAUACAGUAUUCUGGACAUCUGUGUUGCUGAAUCUUUUGCAAUUUGUUCAAUUAGUAAUGGAGAAGUCAAAGUAGAAAGAUGGAAGUGGGAAGCUUUAACCUUUAGCCGCACAAACACACUGUAUUUCCUUGUUUUAAAUUCCCGGAGGUGAAGCUUUACUAUGGAUCAGAGCGGUCAAGCGAACAUGAAUCCCGACCACUUGUCAACCAACCGGCAGGUUUCGGUGAGAAAAUUGUGGUAAAAAGUCGCCUCUUACCGGAGAUCAGCGGAAAUUCUGUCGUGCUGCUGCUGCCGUGACUAAUUCCCCUAGAGACUGCCGUCAAGACACCCGUGGACACACCCCUCCGACUAUCAGGUACUAUUUAACUCACUAAAACACUAGCAACACAAUAGAAAGAUAAGGGAUUCCCCAGAAUUAUCCUAGUAAAUGUGUUAUUUUAUUUUUUUCUAGUCCUUCACUAUCAAUAUCCUCAGCCACUAAUCUUUCAUCCUCGCUCAAAUUAAUAGGGAAAUUGUCAUUUUCUCGGUCCGAAUAGCUCUUUUUGUUGGAGGCUCCCAUUAUAAACAGGAGGAGGAGCCCUCACACGGGUGACGUCAUCGUCUGCGACUUCCGGUAAAGGCAGGGCUUUUUUAUUAGCGACCAAAAGUUUCGAACUUUAUCGUCGAUGUUCUCUAUUAAAUCCUUUCAGCAAAAAUAUGGCAAUAUUGCGAAAUGAUCUAGUAUGACACAUAGAAUGGACCUGCUAUCCAUCCAUCCAUUUUCUGCCGCUUAUUCCCGUUCGGGGUUGCUGGCGCCUAUCUCAGCUACAAUCGGGCGGAAGGCGGGGUACACCCUGGACAAGUCGCCACCUCAUCGCAGGGCCAACACAGAUAGACAGACAACAUUCACACUCACAUUCACACACUAGGGCCAAUUUAGUGUUGCCAAUCAACCUAUCCCCGUUUAAAUAACAAAAUCUCAUUUUAGUAGGCCUUUAACAAAAAAUGUGAAAUAACUAAAAACAUGUUUUAUAUUCUAGUUUCUUCAAAAUAGCCACCCUUUGCACUGAUUGCUACUUCGCACACUUGGCAUUCUCUCAAUGAGCUUCAAGCACACCUGUGAAGGCAAAACCAUUUCAGGUGACUACCUCUUGAAGCUCAUCGAGAGAAUGCCAAGAGUGUGCAAAGCAGUAAUCAGUCCAAAUGGUGGCUAUUUUGAAGAAACUAGAAUAUAAAAUACGUUUUCAGUUAUUUCCCCUUCUUUUGUUAAGUACACAACUCCAGAUGUGUUCAUUCAUAGUUUUGAUGCCGUCACUGACAAACUACAAUGUUAAUAGUCAUGAAAACAGAGAAAACACAUUGAAUGAGGAAGUGUGUCCAAACUUUUGUCCUGUACUGUAUUCUGUAUGUGUAUAUACUCACAUAUGUAUGCAUACAAACACACACAUAUAAAGUGCAUAUACAUACAUAUAAACACACGCACAUAAAAAUGUAUAUAUACACACACAUAUAUAAACUUUUUUUUUUAACUUUAUUUACUAAAAAGUGGCCAACAUAGUGUACAAAAAAAACAACCUUACCUGGUAAGUCACAGCUUCAUUCGAGCCAAGCAGUUUUUCUCCUAUAAACUCAACUAGGGGUGGGAUUCACACAGUAACAUGUAGCACAAUUGUGAUAAUUUGACAAUAUUAAUACAAUUUUGACCAUUUUGCAAAAUAGCAAUUGCAUGUAAUUUUAUAACCAUUUUUCUUGGUAAACCCAUGACGUAAUGUAGCCUACUUACAUUUGACAAUGUUUUACUUUGUUUAGCACAAUCACGUUUCAUGGUAAAACCUAUGAUUUUUAUUUCAUUUUCUCAAUCUCUUGUAAAAUGUGUAAGAAAUUAUCUUUUUUUUACAAAUGUAUUUUCCACUUUACUACUUCAUUCUCUUAAAAUAGUUUUCAGUAUUAUUGUUUUUUUGUGUGUGUAAAGGUACAGUAUUUUUUUUUAAUUUUUUUAUAAUGAUAUAUACCGUAUUUUUCGGAUUAUAAAUCACUCGGGAGUAUAAAUUGCACCGGCCGAAAAUGCAUAAUAAAGAAAGAAAAAAACAUGUAAGUCACACUAGAGCAUGGGUGUCAAACUCUGGCCCGCGGGCCAAAUCUGGCCCGCCGUGUAAUUUUAUUUGGCCCUUGAGGUAAUAUCAAAUUAAGAUUAGAGCAGGCCCGCCGGUAUUAUACAGCGGCGAUGCCUCUGUAACACUGCAUUCACCGCUGAUACUCAUACUUGCCAACCCUCAUGAUUUUCCCGGGAGACUCCCAAAGUUCAGUGCCCCUCCCGAAAAUCUCCCCGGACAACAAUAUUGGGGGCGUGCCUUGAAGGCACUGCCUUUAGAGUCCUCUACAGCCUGUCGUCACGUCCGCUUUUCCGCCAUUCAAACAACGUGCCGGCCCAGUCACAUCAUAUAUGCGGCUUUAACUCACACAAGUGAAUGCAAGGCAUACUUGAUCAACAGCCAUAAGGGUCACACUGAGGGUGGCCGUAUAAGCAACUUUAACACUUUUACAAAUAUGCGCCACACUGUGAAGCCACACCAAACAAGAAUGACAAACACAUUUCGGGAGAACAUCCGCACCGUAACACAACAUAAACUCAACAGAAGAAAUACCCAGAACCCCUUGCAGCACUAACUUCCGGGACGCUACAAUAUACACCCCUGCUACCACCAAACACCGCUCCCCCCAAUUUUUAUUUAAAUUUUAUUUGAUGUGCCAUUGAUAUUUUUUUAUCAUUAUUAUCAUAACUUGAAACUCAAUUUUGCAUGUGACUAUAAAGUUAUAUAAGCCUUGCUUGUUUAAUAUUCAAGGCAAAACUUGUUUGGGUCCCUAUUAAAAGGUUAAUUUGUUCAACCUUGGCCCGCGGCUUUGUUCAGUUUUAAAUUUUGGCCCACUCUGUAUUUGAGUUUGACACCCCUGCACUAAAGUAUAAGUCGCAUUUUUUGGGGGGAAAUUUAUUUGAUAAAAUCCAACACGGAGAAUAGACAUUUGAAAGGCAAUUUAAAAUAAAUAAAGAAUAGUGAACAACAGGCUGAAUAAGUGUACGUUAUAUGACACAUAAAUAACCAACUGAGAAGGUGCCUGGUAUGUUAAUGUAACAUAUUAUGGUAAGAGUCAUUCAAAUAACUAUAACAUAUAGAACAUGCUAUACAUUUACCAAACAAUCUGUCACUCUUAAUCGCUAAUCUCAAUUGUUAUUGGUUGACGUGUGUGUGUGACGAUUGCUGAUAUACGCCUCGUCUCUUAUGGGAAUGAGAUAGAUAAUAUUAUUUGAUAUUUUAUUAAUAAUUUCACACAUAAAUCGCUCCAGAGUAUAAAUCGCAACCCCGGCCAAACUAUGAAAAAAAACUGCGAUUUAUAAUCCGAAAAAUACAGUAAUUGUAAUAUAACUUUUGGUACAAUUGAAUUGUCUUUAAAUGACUAUCUCAUGAGAUUCUGCCAUUUUUCUUAAAAUUUUACAAAGGGGAUCUGCACUUUUUUUGGAUUUGUGUCAAUCAUUCACACUCCUUCCGUGAGACACUUUUUUUUUAAUGCAUACUAACUUCAAAAUGAACGCGAGCAAAAGUCAGCUUAUAACGAAGCUAACGGGUUUUCGCUGUUCCGCGCUCUGAAAAACAUGCCAAAAAACUGUAAGUACCGUAUUUCUUUGAAAUAUUAAUUUAAAACCUCUUCUCCCUCCCGCGCUUACCAAAGGCAUGCGGUAAAAGUAAGCAUGCGCUAAUUAUUUUAAAACCUCUUCUCACUCUGGCACUUACCAAAGGCAUGCGGUAAAAAUUUGAGUGUGAUGUAAGGUUGGACUUAAAUCCUACUGAAUAGCUCUUAAUCUUCUUCCCUUCAUGUGAUUUCAAAUUACCGGUAUUGAAUUCAGCCUCCUCCAUUUUGAAAAUGAUGACAGGAGAAGUGUCACACGUGACGUCACGAGUUUGACCAGGCGGUAAUACUAAGCAUGCGCUAAUUAUUUUGCGAAGUGAGUUCGACCCAGCAGUAAUUCAAGGCAGGCGCCAACUAUAUGCCCUGCGGCAAUUCAAGGAAAUACGGUAUAUAUGAAAUGUAGUAACAGGCGAAAAGGAGCAAGUGUACGUGUCUUUCUCAUGAUCAGGGUGUGAGACCGUUUCAGGGGAGGAAAAAAAGAAGAAAUCAGAGGGGGAAAAAAGGGAAUAUUUCUAUCAGCAUGAAGCACUGCCAUGCAAAUCCUGAAAAAAACUAAACUUUUGAAAAUCAAAACUACAUUUUCUGCAAAUAUUUGGCCAACACUUGAUUAAAAUUCAGGUCACGACAUGUAAACGGAGAAUUGUUAAUGGGGUUUUGCGGGUAUAAUAGUUUACUUCCAUUUUCCGCAAUGUACUUGCCGUAUAUUACAAAAGAGAAAGACGCGUGGUUUCGUGUCUCACAUUGGUAUAGUAAAUGGUAAGCACAAUUCCCCAAAAUAGGUGCAGUUCCCCCUGAAGACUUAAUUCUGAAAAAAUAAAAUAAAAUCUUUAAACAGUUUAAAUCAACCCAAAAACUGAAGAACGGAAACUACGACAAUAAUGUCCAAAUAGUCACAUUUUGUCCCACCCCAUAAAAGUACUUUAUAACUUAUCUACCAGCCAGUGCCUUAUUUGAAAAAAAUCUGGAUGUUUGUUGCAUUGACCUGGUUGGCAUGGUGACCAUACUACUACUACUACUACUACACGUCAAAAACUUUGAACAUCGUGAAAAAGGGUAAAUGUUUUUGUCACUUAUUAUUACAUAUUACACAGUAGACUUCAGGCAAGGUGACUGGUGUGCACCUCAAACUUGCAAGAAAUAAAAACUUAGAUUAUUUUAAUCAUGUAAAAACAUACUCGUAUCGUUUCACUUUCUGAAAUAAGUGACAAAAAACAUUUCAUGAACUUUUGGCGCUGCACAGUCAGUAAUAUUGUUUAGUUGCUGCACAUGUUACUUAGAGUCGUUGGUCAGUUUUUGUAACGGUUGGUGAACAAAACCUAACUAUAUCCAUUACACAAGUUGUUUUUUUGUUUUUUUUAACUGCACUGAGUGGCUUUGAUUUAAUAGCAAACUCACUUUUAGGGAACAGAUGCAGAUUAUAUUUAAAUACUGCAGUAUAGUCAAACAACAUUUGUUCCACUCAUUCUCUUACAUAUUUAUUAAUAGCAUAUUUAUUAGAUGAUUUUAUGUAACACUGAAGGAGAUUUUUUUUUUUGCAGUUUUUUAGACUUUCUAUUUUCAUAAAAUGACAGGGGGAAAAAAACAAGUUUUCUACUGCAUUGUCUUGAAAAUAGUCAAAUAAAAAUCAUUUUAUACAGCAGAAGAUGGUGACUUUAUUAAAAAUACAGAGUAGUUUUUGCAAGUUCAUUUAUGUCUGUGCUCACCGAUCGCAAAAAAUGUUUUUUUUAGGGUUUCCCAAACUUUUUCAGCUCUUGACUCCCCCGAAAAGUAAAGAAACCCCUUUUUAAAAAUCAGAGCACAGAGAAACUUGUCAUCCAAUGUUUUCCAAACAAAACAAAACAGCGUGUGUGACAUAAUUGCACAAUAUCGCAAUAUAUUGGAAAACAUUUUACGUUGUGUCAGCUAAUCUUUUAGAAGGGAAACGCAGUUACUAGCCAUAUUUUGUGGUAGAUGUCGCCAUCUGUCAAAGGUGGGAAACCCCUGUUUUAUAUAUACAUAUAUACACAUAUGAACAGUCAGGCGUUACAAAAACCUUGUGUGACAUUGUCACCCCCUCCCCACUGUUCAAAUAAACAUGAAAUAUGACAAAACA